CGUAUUGACACUUUGCCAGCAGGUCACUUUUUCCUGCUCGAUGUAAACAAUCGAAGCGAACGUUCACUUUUUUAUUUUAGUUUAAUUUUUCACAUUCUACACGCGAAAAUGAUGAAAUUGAACGCAUUUAUAGAAGACAGUGAUAUCUCCACCGCAGACGGUAUAGAGGAAGUAUGCCAACGUAUGACGGAAAAGGAGCAACAAAUCGAUACCCGACUGGAGGAGAUCCUCUCGCAACAGUGUCAACUGGAGGCAAAAAUGCGUAACAUAGGUGUUGCGCUGAGUGGGCUGAGCGUGGUGUCCGAUAAGAGCCGGCAGCUGUCCGACAUGAUCAAUCACACGGCAACCCUGGCGGAAAGUGUAAGCGCCAAAGUGAGGAGAUUGGAUGAAGCGCGGAGCCGAGUUUCGGAAUGCCAGCAAAGGGUGCACGAUCUGAUUGAUCUUCAGCUAUGCAGCCAGGGCGUAAUGAGUGCGAUCCGUGAGGAAGACUUUGAGCAAGGUGCUGGGCACGUAAAUCGAUUCCUUUCGAUGGAUAAAACGCUGCUCCAGAAGACGGCGGACGAUGUAAGCGGUUCGAUAACGUCGGUCAGCCAGGCGGUAUCGACGCUAGAGCAAGCGACCGUGCAAAUGCAGCAGAUGGUGAACCAAAAAUUCGACGAAGCAGUAAAACGAGAUGAUCUUGCAUCGGUAGAGCGCUUUUUCAAGAUAUUCCCUCUGCUCGGUAUGCAUGACGAAGGUUUGGAAAAGUUCAUCACGUACAUCUGUGGCAAGCUGCAAAACAAAGCGGCCAAAGAGUUGCGAGCUUCGAUGGAUAUCGCCAAAGCGGAAAAGCGUACGGCCGUUGCAUACGCCGACACGUUAACAAUUCUGUUGGAAAAUAUCGCUCGUGUGAUUGAGGUUAACCAAGCGAUCAUUGAGAGUUGCUAUGGACCGGGACGGUUAGUGCAAAUUUGUCGCAUUCUGCAACGCGAGUGCGAUGACGAGGUGACGAAAUGUGUGCAGGAGUUCAAUCGUAACCGACAGACGGGACGAAGGAUUGCGCAGAUAAAUGAUUAUAUAAAGAAUGCGGGUAGCAAUUCAACCCUGGGUCACUACCGGAAACCGUCCGGUGGAGGAUCGAUCGAUAAGCUGAACGCGAAGGACAUCGAUAGUUUGAUUGGGGAGAUUACGAUAAUGCAUUCGAGAGCCGAAUUGUACGUAAAGUUCAUCAAGCGAAGGUGUGCUAAUGAUUUGGAAAAAAGCCCUUUGUCUGCAGAGGUGAGGCAAGAGCGGCUGGCCGAACUGCAAGCACUGUUACAAAAGUCACGGCUCAACACACAAAUGCAGGAGCUGCUCAGCACUUACUUGCUGUUCGAGCGUUACUUUAUGGAAGAAAGCGUUUUGAAAGCGAUCGGGCUGGACAAGCUGGAAGAGGGCCAACAGUGUUCCAGCAUGCUGGACGAUGUUUUCUUCAUCGUGCGCAAAUGCAUACGCCGCUCGAACGGUACACAAUCGCUCGAUGGUGUGUGUGCUGUGAUAAACAAUGCCGCCAGCUGCCUCGAGGAAGACUAUCUGAAAGCGCUGAAAGCACCUUUGAAAGCCGGCUAUCCUACCGGUUACAUCGAUCUGGCCCAGGCGUACAAUGCAUUCCAAAGUUCCAUCCAGCAGGGACGGCUACAGACGAGCGAUUCGGAUCAGGCCCGCGGACGGUUCGUAGCCGCACUGAACAAUGCCGACAUGUCGACCGAGUUCAUCGAAACGCUCUGGAAGAUGAUGACCGAAGAAACCGAAAUCACAUUCCCAGCGAUGAGUGUGCGAGAGAAGGAAAAAUUGGACAGUUGCUUGGGCGGUUUAAAAUCGGUAGGAGAUUCGCUGAAAGCGUUGGUUGAUUUCGGUUUCCAACAGCUGCGGUCAUCCGCCAUCAAACCCCGACUACAUCCAUGGGUUGAUCAAUUUUUAACGCACAAUCAUAAUCUUACGGAAGAGGAACUAGCCACGUACGAGGCAAGCGAAACGUUUGUGCAAUUUUUAAUCGUUCAGAUCGAUGGGCUGCUGAAUUCGUUCAAAGUGGCGCUCACGCCUCGCAACUAUGAUGCGCUAGUAAGUAUCGUGACGACAGAAAUAACGGCACGCAUGGAACGGGCCAUCAAGAAAUCGACCUUCAACCGGUUAGGAGGGUUGGUACUCGAUCAGGAAAUUCGUGCGCUCGCUUCGUUCCUGACCGGUGCAACAUCCUGGUCGGUGCGGGAUAAGCUAGCGAAGCUGCUGCAAAUGGGGACGAUACUAAAUCUGGAGAGUGUGUCCGAGCUGCCAGAAUAUUGGGAAUCGUCAUCGGCCAGCUGGCGUCUGACGGCUAACGAGGCACGUUCUAUUUUGGCGCUUAGGAUCGACUUUAAAAUGGAGGACAUUAAAAAGAUUAAACUGUAACCGUUAAUAAAGUGCUAGCAAACAAUUUA